CGAGCCAGAGAAAUUGUUAUCCCAUUUGAUUGCAAAUUCUUAGUCAUGUGCUCUGCAAGUGAAUGCCAAUCGGAUUCCCCAAAUGAUCUUUCCGACACAGGAGAUAAAAACGAUUAUAACGAUAUUGGAAGAGCAGGAGGAAGGACGUCCCUUAGUACGUUUCUGGGUUGGUUUCGUGAAAUUAAGGCGAUGGAGGAGCUGAUACCAUUGGGGAAAAUCAUAUUCCCGUUGGUACUUUCCGGCCUGAUUGUCUACUCCAAGUCGUUAAUCUCAAUGUUCUUUUUGGGACAGAUUGGAAAGAUUGAGUUAGCUGGAGGCUCACUGGCAAUGGGAUUUGCAAACAUCACAGGCUACUCUGUAAUGAAGGGUCUGGCUACAGGGAUGGAACCUAUAUGUGGCCAGGCUUUUGGAGCCAAAAAAUGGACAGUACUUAGUCAAACUUUUAAACAGACCCUCAGCCUACUAUUACUUGGAUCCAUACCGAUCAUUGUAUUAUGGCUUAACAUGGAGCCAAUCCUUCUUUCACUUGGUCAGAAAAAUACCUUAACAUCAGUGGGAAAGGUAUUUCUCAUAUACUCUAUUCCUGAAUUGGUUGCCCAGGCUCUCCUUAGUCCUUUAAGAAUUUUCUUAAGAGCCCAAAAUCUAAACCUACCUUUCACUCUUUCUGCAACUUUGGCCAUGCUACUUCACAUUCCAAUCAAUUAUUUCCUUGUAAUAUAUCUGGAUUUGGGGGUUAAAGGUGUUGCUCUGGCCUCUGCUUGCAACACAUUAAACAUAAAUUUGGCCUUGCUAGUAUAUCUGUUCUAUACAGAAAGAGCAAUAAAACCUUGGGAUGGUCAAAUGGUAACCAAAUGCUAUCGAGAUUGGGAGUCACUAGUUUCACUCAUGAUUCCAAGUGCAGCAUCUGUAUGUUUAGAAUGGUGGUGGUAUGAAAUAAUGGUGGUAGCUUCUGGCUUAAUAAAAAAUCCAGAGACAAAUACAGCUGCAAUGGGGAUUCUUAUACAAACAACAGCACUCUUAUAUGUUUUUCCUCAUUCUCUAAGCACAAGUUUAUCUACGCGUAUUGGGCAAGAGUUAGGUGCUCAAGAGCCUGUUCACGCAAAGCAGAUAACCAUUAUAGGACUCAUUAUAGCUAUGGUAGGUGGACUACUAGCUUUUGCUUUCACGAUUGUAGUAAAAGACAUAUGGGGAAAGUUGUAUACACAAGAGCCUCAGGUUUUGGCAUUAACAUCGGUUGUCCUACCACUUUUAGGCUUUUGUGAGCUUGGAAACUGCCCUCAGACAGCAGCUUGUGGUAUCCUGAUAGGUUCAGCUAGACCUAAAAUGGGUGCUCGCAUAAAUUUUUAUUCGUUUUACCUUGUUGGUUCGCUAGUUGCAUAUUUUGCGGUUUCCAAAUUCAAGAUGGGUGUUCUUGGGUUGUGGGUUGGGCUUGCUGCAGCACAAGCUACAUGUACGUGUAUGAUGAUUUGGACUCUAGUUUUCACUGACUGGAAGCACCAAGCUAGGAGAGCUAAGGAGCUGACUCAAGCCACAAGAGAUCACAACAACGAUUUAGAGGCUGAACUUCUAAGUUGAUUCUAGUUCACCUAAGGAGCUGACUCAAACCAAAGAAGAACAAAAAAAUCUAGUUAGAAGCCAAUCUUCUAAGUUGCUUUUAGUUUCCUACAGUUCACA